UGAACAACGAGUAGGCGGGUCGCGCAGGCGCAGCAACUCUUGGCCACGCCGCCAGAGACGGCCUCAGAGCGGGAUGCAGUGACACCCCUGGACGACCAUGGCAGCGGCCGACGAGCUGGCUUUCCACGAGUUUGAGGAAGCCACUAAUCUGCUGGCUGAGACCCCAGAUGCGGCCACCACCAGCAGAAGUGAUGAGCUGACCCCACAGGGGCACGUGGCUGUGGCCAUGGGCUCGGAUGGCAGCUAUGGAGCUGAGAAUGAAGUGGAGGAGAGUGACAAGACCGCGCUUCUACAGGAGGAGAAGCAGCAGCCCGGGUUCUGGACCUUUGGCUACUAUCAGAGCUUCUUUGAUGUGGACACCUCACAGGUCCUGGACCGGAUCAAAGGCUCACUGCUGCCCCGACCUGGCCACAACUUUGUACGGCACCAUCUGCGGAAUCGGCCUGACCUAUAUGGCCCUUUCUGGAUCUGUGCCACACUUGCCUUCGUCCUGGCCGUUACUGGCAACCUGACACUGGUGCUGGCCCAACAGAGGGACCCCUCCAUCCACUACAGCCCCCAGUUCCACAAGGUGACCGUGGCUGGCAUCACCAUCUACUGCUACGCCUGGCUGGUGCCACUGGCGCUGUGGGGCUUUCUGCGGUGGCGCAAGGGUGUCCGGGAGCGCGUGGGGCCCUUCACCUUCCUGGAGACCGUGUGUGUCUACGGCUACUCGCUCUUUGUCUUCAUCCCAACCGUGGUUCUUUGGCUGAUACCUGUCCCAUGGCUACAGUGGCUCCUUGGGGCGCUGGCUCUGGCACUGUCAGCCACUGGCCUAGUGUUCACCCUGUGGCCCAUCGUCCGUGAGGACACCAGGUUGGUGGCCUCUCUGCUGCUGUCUGCCGUUGUGCUGCUCCAUGCCCUCCUGGCCAUGGGCUGUAAGUUUUAUUUCUUCCAGUCGCUGCCUCCAGUGCACGUGGCACCUCCACUUCAGGCCACAUCCCUGCCUCCAAACGUACUCCUGAUAUCCACCCUGCCGAGGACCAUGGCAACUUAGGAAGGCCCAAGUCCAACCUGAGGAGAUACCUUUGCCUGCCCUUCCCCCCAAUGGCUGAAGGCCCUUUGACACUUCAAGAUCACUCUGCUACUUUCCAGACUUUUCUUACAAAGCAAACACUUUUAUUUUCUAUGCAAAGGUGAUUCAGAGAAUUUAUAUAAAGGCGGGAGAGGGGUGGCUGAGCAGGGAGCUUCCAGUGCAGUUGUCACCCCAUGGGCCACCUGCUGGGCCUUCUGCUUCCCCUGACUUGGACAGGCAGAAGAGCAAAUGGGGCCAUCCCAGCCUAGCCAGGACUGCCUUCCUGUUGGAGACAGGCACCCAAGGAUGUGGCAGUGGCUGCUCCCUGCCACCCAGGGUGCCCAGUUAGCAGGGCCUAGCCUCAGCUCCAGCACAUCCGAUUUUGGGGGUGUUAGAAAGGGGGAACAGAAAUAGAAGAAAAUUGCCUGUGCUGAAA